ACGAAAAAAAUAGACGACGGCGGCGUUGCAUGAACUAUUUAACAAUUUUGCUGUGCAAUCGAAAACAGACGAUGCUCUCGCGCCGGAACAAGGACAAAACGCAGGCACACAAGGAGGGCGUCGUCGGCAAGUAUGUGAAAAAGGAGACGCCACCGGAAAUACCGGUGAUCAAUGUGUGGACAUCCUAUACGGAUCACGCGCACCACAAUCAGCGGAAUGCGGCCGCCGCAGCUGCAGCAGCAGCGAAAAAGAAGUCGCUGCAACGCUGCGCGAGCAGCUCGCCUUCGUGUGAAUUUAAACAGCUGCGCAGCUCGAGCAGCAGCCGCAACACCUACUCCUGCAACGAUGCCCAGCCGGAUUAUUAUCAUGCGCGGCGCGCCCAAAGUCAGCUGCCACUCAACAAUAACAAUAAUAAUAACAAUAAUGCUUCUGCGACGCAUGGCCCAGCACAAUUUCGUGGCGCCAGCAGCAGCAGCCAGCUAAUGAUGCCAGUCAACAACAAUCACAACAACCACAACAACAACUAUGUGAAUAUUGAGCAAAUGGAGCGAAUGCGUCGCCAGCAGUCGUCGCCGUUGUCAUCGCCAUUUCAGCGCAGCUAUUCGACGCAGAAGCAUUCGCAGUCGCAUCUGCCCACGACUAGCUACGAUGGGGAUCAGGGUUUGCUUAGCGCAUCCUAUGCGAAUAUGCUGCAAAUGCCACGACAACAAGCAGCCAACUCAUCCGGCUCCUCAUCCUCACCGGCACAGUUUGCGUUGCAACAGCAGCAGCGAUUGCAGCAACAAAAUGCUUAUGGUUCCAUGCUGCGUUUCGAUGCCUCAACAGUCGCCGCCAAAAGUCAUCAGACACGUUAUCCGCUCACAAGAUCACCCAUGGAGCAACAGCAACAACAACAAUUGACUGGCUAUUCAAGUGAUUCGUAUCCCAUCUAUGAGAAUCCGUAUCGUGUCUCCUCGAUGCGCGUCACUCAAUCCCAGCGCUCCGAAUCUCCUAUUUACAGCAAUACAACUGCAUCCUCAGCGACGCUCGCUCAACAACAACAACAACAUCAUCAUCAUCAGCAGCAGCAGCAGCAGCAGCAGCAUACACAUCCACAUCCCCAUCAUCAUCCGCAUCCACAUGCGCUUGCGCAUCCCCAUCAUUUGCCAGUGCCCUCCAUCGGUUCAUUGGGAGGCAGUUCGGGCAGCGUUCGUGGCGCCUCCGCCUCAGUACAAUCGCUGUAUGCACCGCCAUUGACGCCGCCGGCAUCGAAUGCAUCCGCGGCCGAUGCGAACAACGGCAAUGGAGCACUGCAAAAGGUGCCGUCACAGCAAUCGUUGAGCGAGAGCGAGGAGUUGCCACUGCCACCCGGUUGGGCCACACAAUACACGCUGCACGGCCGCAAAUAUUAUAUUGAUCACAAUGCGCACACAACGCACUGGAAUCAUCCGUUGGAGCGCGAAGGAUUGCCGGUGGGUUGGCGCCGUGUAGUUUCCAAGCUGCACGGCACCUACUACGAGAAUCAGUAUACCGGCCAGUGCCAGCGACAGCAUCCAUGUCUCACCUCCUACUACGUUUACACAACGUCCGCGGAGCCACCGAAAGCGAUUCGACCGGAGGCAACAAUGUAUUCACCGCCAUCGCAUACCCAUAACGCUUUGGUACCGGCGAAUCCUUACCUGCUGGAGGAGAUACCCAAAUGGUUGGCCGUCUAUUCGGAGGCAGACUCCACCAAGGAUCAUCUGCUGCAUUUCAAUAUGUUUAGUCUGCCCGAACUGGAGGGUUUCGAUAGCAUGCUGGUGCGUCUCUUCAAGCAGGAACUGGGCACCAUUGUUGGAUUCUACGAACGAUAUCGACGCGCUGCACACAGCAGCAGCAAUAAGCAGCAGUGA